CGCCCGGACCCCCUGGAACUCCUGGCACCCCCGGCUGCGCAGCUGCGGCCAAGGGCCCCGGCGGGCAGCCGCCCAAACCGGCCAGCUUGGGCCGCGGGCGGGGGGCAGCCGCCGCCAUCCUCAGCUUGGGCAACGUGCUCAACUACCUGGACAGGUACACCGUGGCAGGUGUCCUUUUGGACAUCCAGCAGCACUUCGGGGUCAAGGACCGAGGCGCCGGCCUGCUGCAGUCAGUGUUCAUCUGCAGCUUCAUGGUGGCCGCCCCCAUCUUCGGCUACCUGGGUGACCGCUUCAACAGGAAGGUGAUCCUUAGCUGCGGCAUCUUUUUCUGGUCUGCGGUCACCUUCUCCAGCUCCUUCAUCCCCCAGCAGUACUUCUGGCUGCUGGUCCUGUCCCGCGGGCUGGUGGGCAUCGGCGAGGCCAGCUACUCCACCAUCGCACCCACCAUCAUAGGUGACCUCUUCACCAAGAACACGCGGACGCUCAUGCUGUCUGUCUUCUAUUUUGCCAUCCCGCUGGGCAGUGGCCUGGGCUACAUCACUGGCUCCAGCGUGAAGCAGGCAGCUGGAGACUGGCACUGGGCCUUGCGGGUGUCCCCUGUCCUGGGCAUGAUCACAGGAACGCUCAUCCUCGUCCUGGUCCCGGCUACUAGGAGAGGGCACGCGGACCAGCUCGGGGGGCAGCUCAAGACACGCACCUCGUGGCUCCGGGACAUGAAGGCCUUGAUCCGAAACCGGAGCUAUGUCUUCUCCUCCCUGGCCACGUCGGCUGUGUCCUUCGCCACAGGGGCCCUGGGCAUGUGGAUCCCACUCUACCUGUACCGCGCCCAAGUUGUGCAGAAGACAGCAGAGACAUGCAGCAGCCCACCCUGUGGGGCCAAGGACAGCCUCAUCUUUGGGGCCAUCACCUGCUUCACGGGCUUCCUGGGUGUGGUCACGGGUGCAGGAGCCACACGCUGGUGUCGCCUGCGGACCCAGCGGGCUGAUCCGCUGGUGUGUGCAGUAGGCAUGCUGGGCUCUGCCAUCUUCAUCUGCCUGAUCUUCGUGGCCGCCAAGAGCAGCAUCUUGGGGGCCUAUAUCUGUAUCUUCGUGGGGGAGACGCUGCUGUUUUCUAACUGGGCCAUCACGGCGGACAUCCUCAUGUAUGUGGUCAUCCCCACCCGCCGGGCCACCGCUGUGGCCCUGCAGAGCUUCACCUCCCACCUGCUGGGAGACGCUGGAAGCCCCUACCUCAUCGGCUUUAUCUCGGACCUGAUCCGUCAGAGCACCAAGGACUCCCCGCUCUGGGAGUUCCUGAGCCUGGGCUAUGCUCUCAUGCUCUGCCCCUUCAUCGUGGUCCUGGGUGGCAUGUUCUUCCUCGCCACCGCCCUCUUCUUCCUCAGUGACCGCGCCAAGGCUGAGCAGCAGGUGAACCAACUGAUGAUGCCGCCCACAUCCGUGAAAGUCUGAGGUGGUGAGUGCAGGCCAGGGAGGCCCACGGGGGUUGAGGACCAGACAGCUUGUGGGAGGAACCAAAGAAACCAACCAGGGGACUCGUGGUGCCUGUGUGUGUCAGAGAGUUGUGCUCCAUAGGGGUUUUA